AUGAACUUCGUCUACUUCCACUACUUCGUUGCGCGAGGGAACUUUAUCUUUGUGCCAAGUUUGGAAGAAAACACGUUGCGGGCACAAUCUAUCACCGGCCAUCUCGGCCGGCCGGCGAACGUCCUGCUUGCUGGGCUGCCGGCCGUUGCAUCGGCCUGCAAUCUGCAGCAGCCUCCGAGGCUGAAGCCCGAAAAGUCGGCUUCUCGGCUCGGAAGCAGCACCCGCAGAAGUGCCCUCUACCGAGAUCGCCUUCCGGCCAGCAUCCGCGUCGUCGUUGUCGUGACACCGUCACCGGACGUGAGCGGAGCGGAAAUGACAGUCACCACCACGAACUCGGCAUCGACCAGAGCAGAACCGGAGCAGCAGCAGCAGCAGAAGAGCGACAAACAACGACCGUGCCGGAACACACGGGGGACGGCCCACACCACCAUGCGGGUGACCAGCUUCUUGUCCGGCCCGCUGCGGCCAUCGGCGACGGCGCACGGAGUGCUGCUGCUGCUCCUGGCGGCGACAACGCUGCUCGUGACGCACGCCAUCCCGGCCGUCGACGGGAAGCUGCAGCUGUGCGAGGUGGAAACGGGCCAGUCCAGCAUCAUUCUGGACAUCGAGGAGAGCCGCGGCACCGCUGUUGGACAGCGGACGAACCCACCGGAGCUACCGAUAUCCGGCGACCCGAACGAUGAUAUCACACUGGAGCUGGUCUUUCCAAAGGGCAAGCCCACCUUCCUGCUCGACGGCAAGUCCUUGCGGCUCAUCCACCCGCUCGAUCGCGAUGAGGAAAAUCUGAGCCACAUUGUCUUCCAGAUAACCUGCAUGGUGCGGUCGACGCGCCGCAAGCGCAACAUUCCGAUCAUCGUCCGGGUGUCGGAUGUCAACGAUAAUCCCCCGAUGUUUAUCAACACGCCCUACGAGACGAGUGUCGCCGAGUCGACCCCCGUCGGGACGACGAUCUUCCGCAGCAUACAGGCCACCGACAAGGAUGCCGGUGUCAACGGACUGAUCGAGUACUUCAUCGUCGAGGGCUCGCAAAACAUUUCGGACAUCUCACCGAACACUCUCACGGCCGCGGACGGCCACGGUGUGUUUGCGAUCGCCUACCCGCACCAGGGACAGGUCACCGUCGUCAAAACGCUGGACUACGAGCGGACGCAGCGCUACUAUCUGACGAUCGUCGCAUCGGACCGGGCUCGAAACGCUUCGGAGCGGUUGUCGGCCACAACGACGCUCACGAUCGACAUCGCCGACUCGGACGACCAGGAUCCGUCGUUCAUCUACCGGGGCUGUGUGCUGCUGGACGGGGCCUGCCUGAAUCCGGAGUACAGUGCCUCGGUACCGGCCGGCACACUGCAGGGCGUGCUGACGGUGACCCCCGAACGUAUCCAGGCGGUCGAUCUGGACACGAUCAGUGCCCCGAUUCGGUACACGUUCCUGAGCGGUAUCCCCGGCAGUUACGGGAACUACUUCGAGAUCGACCCGCAAACCGGUGUCCUAAAGCAGACGCGGCUAGUGGAUGCCUCGGUCACGGCCAAGAAGUUCGACAUCAUCGUGAAGGCGGAAGAGGUGACGGAAAUGAAGCGUUUCACCACGGCCAAACUGGCGAUCCACGUGAAGCCGGUGGACGCGUUCCCGCCGAUGAUCAGUGCGACGGCCAUCGAAGGGUUCGUCGACGAGAAUUCCCCGAUCGGCACGGUGGUGAUGGACGCGGACGGCAAUCCGAUUAAGCUGUCCACCACGGACCAGGACUUCGGCCCCGGGGACGGGGAACCGAUGGAGUACAUCUACGAGGUUACGUCACCCUCGUUCGCCGUUUCGAAGGAGGGCGUGCUGCGGGUCAACGAGGAAGGCCUCGACCGGGACCCGCCCAGCCCGGAGCGGUACCUCUUCCAGGUGGUGGCCCGGGAGGCCACCGGGAACGCAGCCAGCGCUCCACUCAGUCUCACGGUGAAGUUGCGCGACGUGAACGAUAACGCACCGCGGCUGGCGAUGGUGGCCCCCGUCACGCUGAUGGCCGGCGAUGGGCGCCGACUGGUGACGAAGGUGGUGGCCACCGAUAACGAUGCGGGCGACAAUGCCGCCAUCACGUACUCGAUCUUCCACGUGUCGAACAACGGGGCCAGCAAGUUUGCCAUCGACCCGCAGACCGGCGAGAUCGAGGCACGCACGAGACUGAACGCUGGGGAGCAGUACAGCAUCACGGUGCAGGCGUCCGACGUUGGCGGGUUGUCGUCGCAGGCGAUCGUCGAGGUUACGAUCACCCCCGGGCCGAACACGAAACCACCGCGCUUCGCCAAACCCGUGUACGACGUGCAGGUGAGCGAGGGGGCCGAAAUCAACUCGACCGUGAUCGUGCUGAAGGCGGAAGAUCCAGAGAACGACCCGGUCAGCUACGCCAUCACGACCGGGAACGAUCUGCGCCAGUUCUCGAUCGGCAAGGAUAGCGGUGUGAUCAGCGUGAUCCGGAAGCUGGACCGGGAGGACCUGACGCGCUACCAGUUGAUCGUGCGGGCAGAGGACAACGGUGGGCUAGCGAGCAGCGCCACCGUCAACAUCAAGGUGACGGACAUCAACGACAAGAACCCGGAGUUUGACGAGCGCAAGCUGCCGUACGUGUUCGCGGUCGACGAGGGUCGCGAGGGGGCCCCGAUCGGCAGUGUGCAUGCGACCGACGCGGACGAAGGCAUGAACGCGGAGAUCACGUACACGAUCCCGUCGGACAUUCCGUUCCGGAUCGACUCGAAGACGGGCGAAAUUCGCACCCGGAGUGCCCUGGACUACGAGAAGCAGAAGGAGUACCGGUUCGUGGUGACGGCGAAGGACGGUGCGCCGGAACCACGGCUUGGCACAGCCAGCGUCACGGUGAAGGUGCGCGACGUUCCGGACGAGGUGCCCCGGUUCAUGGAGGCCACGGUGGAGGUGCGCAUUCCGGAGAACAUCCCCGAUACGGCCGUCACCACGGUGCGCGCAUUCGACCCGGACACGAAGCCCGAGAUCACGUACACGCUGAAGCGUGGCCCGGGCGACCUGUUCAAGGUGGACGCCAGGACGGGCCAGAUCAAAACGAUCCGCGGGCUAGACUACGAGAAGGACAAGAUGCACGAGCUGAUCGUGGGCACGCUCGAGAACGAUGGCACCAGUCCGGGCGACUACAUCAAGAUCCUGGUGGAGGUGGAGGAUCGCAACGACAUCCCGCCGGUGUUCGUGUCGAUCCCGGAGCCGGUCAACAUCAACGACAACCUGCCGAUCGGGGCCAUCGUCGGCUCGAUGCCGGCCGUCGACGGUGACGGAUCGUCGCCGGGCAACGUCGUGCGCUACGAGCUCGUCGGCCGCGGUAAGGCCCUGAAGUACUUCCAGGUCGAUGCCGACUCGGGCAUCGUCCGGAUCCGGGACGAUCUCGGCAAGGAGGAGGACAGCGAGUACCUGAUCGACGUGCGGGCCUACGAUAUGGGCGAACCGCAGCUGAGCAGCGUCUCGACCCUGCCCGUCUACGUCAGCCACAUCCCGGCCAAUCCGAACGGGGAUUCGGCCGAGUCGCGCGUCGAGAACGGGGGUAUCGUCAACCUGGAAGUUCAGGGGCUGGCGUUCAGUGACGAUAGCUACACGACGAGCGUCCCCGAGUCGACCGGUGUCAACGCCACGGUCAAACUGGUGCAGAUCAUCAACUCGAAGAAGGCCACCAAACACAACGGUGGCUUCAGCUGUGAGCUAACCGGGGGCAACGAGAAGCAACUGUUCCGCAUCACGAUCGAGGAUCAUGCGUGUGCGCUGGUGCUGGCCGCUCCGCUCGACUACGAAACGGCCACCAGCCACACGCUCGAGGUGCGCCUCGUCUCGAACAAGUACUUCGUGAACCAGCACAAAAACACGGCCACCGUGAAGGUGAUCGUACAGGACGAAAACGACAACGCGCCCCAGUUCGUGUUCCCCAAAGCGUACCAGCAAAGCCCGCGGAACGACACCUACUACGCGGUGAUCAAUGCCGACGCGGACAUCGAAACGCCGCUGCUGCAGGUGAAGGCCACUGAUAGGGACGUGGGACCGUACGGGCAGCUCAAAUACACGAUCUACGACGACGAGCAAUCGUCGAACGAAAUUCCCCACGACGAUGCACCGAGCUCGUACUUCACGAUCAGCGAGGACACGGGCAUGCUGAAGACACAGAAGUCCUUCCAGGGCGUACGCCAAACGCCGCUUGUGUUUGCGGUCGAGGCGCGGGACAAUAAUGGCGGAAUGGCCGGAGGAACACAGCCGGUCCACAAGGCACGGGCCCGUGUCGUCGUGAACCUGAUCGCCGACAUCAACCGCAUGACGCUAGUGUUCCUGGACUCGAACCCCAAGGACAUGCGAAGGCACGUGCGUGCGCUGGAGGAGCUUCUGCACGAGAAGACGGACGGACUGAUCACGGGUAUCGAACGGUUCACUGUCCGCAAGGUGGUGAACGAAAACGGAACGGUGGAGGAAGUGAACGGUGCCACGGAUGUUUGGUUCUACGCUGUCGACCCGAAAACGGAGCGUAUCCUCGAGCGCAACUCCAGCACCGUCGUGAGCCGGGUCUUUGCGCCGGCCAUCCUGUCCCAGAUCAACUUCGAGGCCUCGAGCAUUGCCCGGGCGACGGCACAGGGUAUAUUCGGGCCGAUCGAACCGAAAGUGCCGAUCCAGAAGAUCAAAGCCACCAUCGUCGGUAACGACGAGGUGUUCCCGUACGCGCUGAUUGCGGUUGCCAUCGUCAUCGUCAUUCUCGGCUCGAUCGGCAUCGUUUACAUUUGCAUCUCGUGGUCCAAAUACAAAAACUUUAAGCAACGAAUGCGCCAGUACACCGCCCCUGCCAGUCCCGUACGCUACGACCCGGUCAUGAUCAACUCCCAGCAGCCUCCCUCCGAGAACCCGACCAGCUUGAAGGAGUACGAAACGCAGGUGCUCGCCAUGGCAGUUCCGCUCACCGACGAAGGUGACGAUCUGCAGCUUGACUUUAGUGCCAAAAAUCAUGCCUUUAGCCUCGACAAUGUUAGCUACAUCACGCAUAAGGAAAACGGUCAGCACAGUCCUACCAACUCCGACGCAACGACCGCCGUAGUUGGCACACUGCAGCGCAACAACAACAUUAACGCGAAAAACAACAACAACCUAAGCAUCAACAAUCGCCAAAACACGCUCAACCGGACGCUGGAGAUGAACCGCAACAACUACCUGAAUCCGCUCGGUUCGCUCGGGAAUGGCACGGUACCGGGAACGCUAACGCUGGGCCGCAUCAAGUCCGAACGCAACAACUACAUCAAUGGCUACGGUGAUACGUUGAAUCGUAACAACCUGACCAUGGCCCAGAACAACAGCUUCAACACGCUCGGAAGAAACCAGCGGAACCUAAACCACGGGCCCCACAACAACGCAAACCACACGAGCAACAACAUCAACAUCAACAAUGGCCACCUGCACAACGGGCACGUCGGGGCGGAGGUGGUAGCGAACACGCUCGGCCGGAACAACCGCUACAAUGAUGUGCCCAUCACGAACCCUCUGUUUCACAUCCGACAAAACGGAGACCUUCAGUCGCAGCCCCAGCUUAACCACGUGAGCCCCACGAACGAGAACGUCAGCUUCGGCAAGCGCGACUACAACCAGCUGUCCUUCUCGUACCUGAACGAUCUGGACCGUUCGGACGCGGAAACGACGACGGAACUGUAAGCGGACCCCGAGUCGCAUUGCCAUCGUCGUUCAACUGUACUGUGGACGAUACAAACAGCCCGAAGCCGAAGCGGAGCUCCCCGGAAUCCCCCGUCCACGUUCUGCCGUGUAAAAUAUUGUGACAUAAUGUGGCAUUUUACGUUCUAUUGUUUUUAUGCUUUCUGUUUCACUCGAUCGAGAGUCCGAUCGUUAGUUUUUACCCUUAAUCUUACAACACCUAUCACAAAUCCCAGGCCAAGACGACGGGGUCGGCCCGUAUCCGCGUAACCAUCCGUACUACUUCGUCCCGUGAGCUAGAUAGAAGCCUAGUGUAAUAGAAUUGCAAUUGUUAGGAGAUAGAAGUGUAGCUCUACGUUGUACAAUAUUAAACACUAGCUAGGCGUCGUCUGAAGCAGUAAAGCCGACAGCAGACGGAGGACGGAAGAAGCACAACCACUGGGGAACAAAUAUUUAUUGAGUCACCAAACCGGGCCGGGAGAAGAAACAAUAGAGAAUACAGAGAUCGCAGAAGAAACGGCUUGCCAGCGAAAAUGUGUACCACCGUUCCGAUUGCAGCAAAGGAGGUUUGGACCUACGAGAAAGUUUAGAAUAGUGUCCCCAGACAGUGCCUGCUGUACAUAUUUAGUCAUUUAGAUGGGUAAGUCCGCUCUCGGAUAGCUAGAAAUCGGUCGUAGUUGACAGCCAACGAAGUCACGCGUGACGAAACGGGACCCGGCAACAGGAUUCUGCAUUGAAGCGUCGCGCAAUCAACGUUUUACCACCCAUCGGCGUCCCCGAUGUGCCUUUAUCAUUCGUUGCAAGCGACGAGAAGCAAUCAGUUAGGUGUAGGAAUUGAGUAAGUGCGUAGCCGGUAAGCUCAACUAGCAUAACUGUAGCGUUAA